UUGUCCCACACUGCGAUCCGUCGGUCGUCCGAGCGAAACCGCUUCGGUGAGCUGCAGAUGAACGGCUGGUUGAGAAAAUGGAAAGCGACACGGCCGUCCGGAGAAUAAAACCCCCCGGGACUCCGCGCUACGGCGCGGAGGACGGAGAUGGAGCCUGUGGCCGGAACUGCGGGGAUAACGGCUACAGCGGCGACCCGAAGAGAAAGCCCGAAGUGAGGCUGCUCUUACUGCGGGAAGGACUGGCGGCUGCGCUGCUCUCUGGGUUUGUUUUGCUGCUGUGGGGACUCGUUCAUCUGUCGCUGCAGCAGCUUGUCAUCGGGAAGCCGAGCGGAGAGUUUAACGCGGAGAGAGCAAGGCGACACUUGGAGCAGAUCACCGGCGUCGGCCCUCGGCCCGUCGGCAGCCAGGAGAACGAGGUCCUGACGGUGGGCUACCUAUUGGAGCAGAUAGAGGACAUCCGGGCGAGGACGGCAGCGGGGCCUCACCAGGUCACCGUGGACGUCCAGCGCCCCACCGGUUCCUUCUCCAUUGACUUUCUAGGAGGCUUCACGAGUUUCUACGACCGCAUCACCAACAUCGCAGUGAAGCUUGAGCCCAAACAUGGAGCCCAGCACCUCAUGCUCGCCAACUGUCACUUUGACACCGUGGCCAACAGCCCAGGUGCCAGUGAUGAUGCGGUGAGCUGCGCUGUGAUGCUGGAAGUCCUCCACUCUCUGGCCAACCAGUCCACUCCUCUCCACCACGGCGUUGUCUUCCUCUUCAAUGGAGCCGAGGAAAAUGUCCUGCAGGCCAGUCAUGGUUUUAUUACCCAGCAUCCCUGGGCCAAACAAGUUCGUGCUUUCAUUAACUUGGAGGCUGCGGGCGUUGGCGGCAAGGAAGUUGUUUUCCAGACAGGGCCGGAGAACCCGUGGCUUGUCCAGGCUUACGUUCAUGCAGCCAAACACCCCUUCGCCUCGGUGGUCGGACAGGAGGUCUUUCAGAGUGGUGUCAUUCCCUCUGACACAGACUUCCGCAUUUAUAGGGACUUCGGAAACAUCCCAGGCAUCGAUCUUGCGUUCAUUGAAAACGGUUUUAUCUAUCACACCAAAUACGACACGGCCAACAGAAUACUGACAGACUCCAUCCAGAGAGCCGGUGACAACAUCUUGGCUGUUUUGAAGCACCUGGUAACGUCAGAGAAGCUGGCGGACUCCUCAGAGUAUCGCCAUGGGAACAUGGUGUUUUUUGACCUAUUGGGGGUGAUUGCCGUUGCCUAUCCAGCUCGCGUUGGCACCAUCAUCAACUACAUGGUUGCUGCAGCCACCUUCCUGUAUUUAGCCAAGAAGGCGUCUCUGCCCGGCAAUCGAGGUGGGCGUUAUGUUCGGGACCUGGCCUGUGCCACGGGUGUAGCGGUGCUGGGCUGGUUCGUCACUCUGCUGUUGGUGCUCAUUGUUGCUCUUCUGAUCACUCUGCUGGGACGCUCCAUGUUUUGGUACACUCACUUUUAUGCUGCCAUCUGCCUGUAUGGAGCUGCAGCCACCGGGAAAAUGAUUCUCAUCCACACACUGGCCAAAAACCUAUACUACGGAGGCGUCCGUCUGGUGGAGCUGGGCGAUCUGUAUUUUGAUGUGAGCUUGCUGCUCUGGUGCUGCAGCCUGGUGUGGCUCACCCAGCGGGGUCUGUGUUCAGCCUAUGUUCCCAUGCUGAUGGUGGCCUUCCCCCUGGUCACCAGGCUUCUGCUGACAAAGGAAUUUAAACACAGAGGAGCAUCACUGAAGUACAGCAGCCUGUAUCUUUUGGGCCUGGCGCUUCCCUAUCUCCACUUCAUGUUCCUCAUCUGGGUGGUGUUUGAGAUUUUCACCCCCAUCAUGGGCCGCAGCGGCACAGAGAUCCCCCCUGAGGUGGUGAUGGCCUCUUUGGUCACUUUGGCAAUCGUUUUCCUCUCCUCUUACUUUCUGCAUUUUGUCUAUUUGGUGAGGAGCACUAAGUGGAUCCUGGCAGCUCUGGGGUCGUUGUUCGUUGUUAUGUUCCUGUUGGUGUCCGCCGGCCUCUUCUUUCCUUACUCCGGGAAUCCAAACAGCCCCCGGCCAAAGAGGAUAUUCCUGCAGCAUACGACUCGGACCUUCUACAACCUGCAGGGCCAGGUGGAGAGCAGAGACUCUGGCAUCUGGAUCAACAGCUUCGACUUCACCGCAGUUCAGCACAUCACUCCUCAGAUCCCCGAGAUCAACGACAGCAUCCGAACCCGCUGCCGAGAGGACCGACCCUUCUGCGGUUACCCCUGGUUCCUGCCUGUGAAGUUCCUCAGCAGGAAGAACUGGUACCUUCCCGCCCCGGAAGUGUCUCCUGGUUCUCCGGUGGAUUUCAGCCUUAUGUCCAAGGAGGAGACGAGCUGGGGAACUGUCAAGAUGACUUUCAGUGUCAAAGGGCCCAGCCACAUGUCUCUGUAUCUGAUGCCUCACAGAGGAGCCAGUCUGUCCACCUGGUCUCUCGGUGACGGGACGCCUCAGUUUGACCUGAACGGAGAAUACUUUGUCUUCUAUUCCCACGGCCUCGAUGCCGCUAAAUGGACCUUUUGGUUUGAAAUACAGCCCCCCACAGAACCAGAUCCAGCCGGCCCUGAGGGGAUGAUCUCUGUUGCCAUAUCGACGCACUAUUUCUUCGGCGAAGACCGACGGACUGCUCAGCUGGAGGAAAUGCUCCGGAAGUUUCCCGUCUGGGCUUUCCCCUCAUCCUGGGUCAGUACCUACGACAUGUACCGGUACUGAGGACAUCGCUACUGAAACAGAGGAGCGGCGACGGCCCACUGAGACAGCUCAGAGAACCAAUCUGCUGCCUUAUACACUAAUACCCGCGCUGCGUGCCGCCCUGCCUGAGAGAGAGACCUCCAUCACUGUGUCGGCGGGCUGAGCGGCUGACUGAACAGCAUCGGCGCUCAGGCCACCACAAGCCUCGUGCUCUUUACUGGGUUAGUGAAACAAAGGAGUCUUAAUUUUGAUUUUUCUUCUUUCUUUUUUUUGUACUCAGCUGUGCCUUUGAUUUCCACACUCUCACUCUUCUUCCCUCACGUUUCGUCCCUCUCACACGCAAGCGCUGAUUCACAUCGCAUGUGUAAGCCGCUCUGUUUACCAGCAAACCUCCCGGGCUGCCGUCACACUAAACGUGCCUCUGGAUCGGCUGCAGAUGUCUGUACUGUCCUGACGGGGAGACGCAAACCUGCUCUCAUGUCAGCUUCUUUUUAUUAAAUGAAAAAAACAAAAGGAGUUAAUCGUGCACUCCAUCAAAUGUAUGUUGCAAAUCCCGACGACUAACCAUGAAACUGCUUAUUGUUCCUUCCUGUCCUGCAGAUUUAAAGCAAAAAACAUCCACAGGUUUAAAUGAGAAAUGUUAAUAUCUGCUCAAGCUUUUAAAAGGCGUGCAGCAAAAUCAUAAAGAACUGACCGAGGUGUCAGUGUUUCUAAAGGUUCACUAGAAAAGAUAUUCAGAUGAUGGAUUUAACAGAGGAAGAAAGAAAUGAAGAGAAUCCCUUCUUUGUUUCUAUUUUCUUUUAAAAUGUGCUCCUGGAGUCUUUCAGUAACAAAGCUCUCCUGUUCUGUUCCACACCGAAGUGAUGCUUAUUAACAUUUCAUCUUGCUUUAAUGUUACUUUUCUUAAAUCUGAUUAGCCUUCAUGGGGUCUGCAGCAGUUCCAGUGACUUUCUUUUCCUUAACUGGAUUUGUUUUGUUCCACUUGGUUGUUCUGUUGUCUCUUUCUGGCUCCAAAUGAAUCUAAGCAACGAGGAAGUUAUGCAUAUUAGUUAUAAUCUAAUUAAGUUCUUUAAUAGAAUGGCGAAAGUUUAGUGAGCUUCAUACAAAUUUGCACAUUUAAUUAGGAAACACUACAGCAAAAACAUUCUUUGUUUUAAUUUCAUUUCCUUUGCUCCUCACUAUUUUACCAUAAUUUGUUCACUAAUUUUAGAUUUGAUGGAUUGCAACUUUUAAUAAGUAGCUCCACAGUUAUUCAAGGUAAAAAAGUCAUUACUUAAAAUUUUUAUGUGGCAAAUUUUUCACUUUGUAGAUUCCUGAAAUUAAGAAAUUAAAUUAUAUUCCUUUUUAAUUUUAUCUUUCUAAAAAUGGCCGUAUAUUUUAUGGAACACAUAUAAUUCAGCGUAAUUGUUAGAUAGGAUCUGAUGCAUUUUGUUAAAAUCCACAAAUAUUAUAUGACUUGUCAUAGAGAAUAAAGAGCUUCUCUAUGACAAUAUUAUAUGACUUGUCAUAUAAUAUUUGACAUUUCUUUGUCAUGCAGAUUCAUUUUUUUUGCCGAGAAAGAUCUACAGGAUGUUUGUUGGCUUGUUUCAGCUCCUCAUCGAAAAUGACCGUAAACAUUCAUAUGCAAAUCUUAAAUCCUGUUGUUAAUUUGAAAUAACCUGCUGUGACCUGACCAUAAUUAAACUUUAGAGGACAUAAGGUGUGUGUGAAUGUAAACCAAAAAUCCACUGGUGCUGCUAAAGGAAGCCUGUACGAUGUUUUUGUUUAAGUUGUUUCUGUUUUAUCUAAUUGUGGAGGAUCAUCUGUCUGAACAACAACCCAGCUAUUAACAGCCGCUUUAACCUUGAGACAUAGUGAUCAACACCGUUAGUUAUUGAACCUGUUCUACAUUGAAUGUUAAUAUUUAGCUGGUGAUUUUAUAGAGAUAUAAACUAAAUGAUCUGAAUCUCAUCAAGUCCUGCAUUCAUAGAGAUCAUGCACUGAUCUGUUGCCUCCACCUUUGGUGUAAUUGAGGUGGAUUCGAGCUGAAACUUUGGGAAAUGUGAUUUAUUUUUGUUCAUUUAGCUGCUUUCAUGCAGAAUAGAUGGCAGGACAGAAGGAGGCCUUAAGUUUUCUGCUUUCAAAGGAGGCACAGAAAGUUUUAGAGAUUCUAGUUGGUCUGCAAAUCUUGGAGAUUAAAAUCUCUCCCCUAAGUUCAUGUUGAAGUUGUUUUGCCUGCAACACAUGGCAUUCUGCAGCAGAUUGAGUUUAUUCUAUUAUUUGAGGAAUGGAAACAACAAAUUAAUAAAUUUUGAUGGUUUAUAGAAACGUAAUGAGAUGUGCUUAAAAGUUUUACCCAGCUGCUCUGGAACAGUUAAAGCUCUGUUCUUCCCCUCAUCAUAACAAAGUCCUGAAACAUACUAACAAACUUACCUAAAUUCAUUAUCAGUAUUUCAGUUUUUUUGUUUUAAUGAUUUCAUGAAUUUUGGGCAUACACCCUACUAAUAUUUGGACAAAUCUCUUGUGUUUUACCACUAUCAUUUGGCAUUUGGCUCAAUUCUGUCUGCAUUCUUGACUACUAUUCUUGGCUGAAAUAGGUAAAGUGUACAAUUUCCUGGCUUUUAAGUAAAUCCGUUGUCACCAGGAAUCGCUGCACAUCCAUUCCAGAAGCAUUGAUGUAAGUUUGGGAUGAUUUUCCAGCUGCAACAUGGAGCUGUGCCCAUUUUUCAAUGAUCUAACCCAAACUGUCCUCUUCAGAUGAAGGGGAAUUGGCUAAAAGAAAGUGGAAGCUUCUGGAACGCCAUUGUCAAUGUCUAAAGUUUAAACAAGUUGAACAUUAGCAUAGAAAAAGACAAGAAAGAUCCUGCUUCAAAGGCUCCUUUCUUUGCACCAUUCUGCCAUGAUGCUGCCACCACCAUAAUCCUCAACACACGUUGAAACUGAUUUCAUGCCCCACAUAGGUAGAGGUAAUCCUGUUCUAAAUGACAUUCACUAUUUCAUAUGAGAAGACAUUCAAACAUUAGUUGUAUGUUGUGUAAUCGGGUCACUUUGUGGGAAAAACAAACUAAAAUAGACAAUUAAAAUACCCAAAUGAGGUUGAUUUGUCAACGUUGGGGUUAUCCUCUGAUCAGUCGGAAACACCUUCUGAUAUUUGACGUCUUGGGUAACAUUACAACUUUCUCCUUGUGACCAUCUAUUGUGUUAAAAUUAGACGCCAGAUGUGAUGUAGGUGGACUUAAACGGCAAACAUCUACUAAUUUAGUUAAUAGUUUAAGUCCAUAUGCAGUAUUAAAGAAAAAAAAUCUACUGAAAGUCAAUAUUUUUCUAGACCUAGUUGAGAUUUGAAAGCAUAAACAAGCUGUUAAAUAAAUCAUUCCUUUAUUUUCUGUGAACAUAUUCAGAGGUCCAGAGUAUUUCAAGGUGUUUUGAUAUUAAAUACGAGAAUGUUAGACAUGAAAGUUGUGACAUUUCCUCCUCCUGUGCUGCUGAUGCUCCCACUGUUUGACCACAGCUGCUCACAAGCCUUGUGCAAGACGAAUGAAAAGGUUUCCUUGAGAAAUUGAACUUUAAAAUUUGAGCCGAUGAGGUAAUAAAACUGACCAAGCACUGAGUCUGUGUGUGUUGUAUUCUGCACAACCUCACACUUGGAUGUAGCUUUAUUGUCAUCGUUGAGAAAUCAACUGUACUCACUGAAAUGUCUUAAUGUCACUGAUUUCAAGACUUUUUUUUGUUACCUAAAUUGUUCACUCAUGUUUGUUUUUUUUUUUUUUAAUGUUCUGAACGUUAACAGGAAGAUGGGUCAUUUUCAUCACCAAUAAGACAAAUGUUAGUCUUAUCAGUCAGCGGUGAUGUUUUGUGGGACUGAUCUGGUUAACUGGGUUUCUAUCUGUUGAGAAGAUGAGAUUUUACAAUAUGCAAAAUGGUUGAACUAAAGUAGCACUUGUACAGAAAUUAAAAUGCUUCUAACUUUG